AUGGUGGUGCACGUUCUGGACGAUUUCUACCUCUCCAUCACCUUCCUCAUCUCGCUUGGCUGGCAGCUUCUCGGCUUCGCCAUCGCCUUCGGCCUGCAGAUUGACACGAUCACCGACUGCUGGUCGGCGAUCAAUGUGAUCUUCCUCGCCAUCUUUACGCUCUGCUGCGGCGACCAGUACUAUGCGCGCAAUGUGAUCGCCACCAUCUUUGCCAUCCUGUGGGGUGUGCGUCUGGGAGGCUUCCAGCUCUUCCGCAUGUUCAAGAUGGGCGGCGACACGCGCUUCGACGAGAUGCGAUCCAAGCCGCUCAGCUUUCUUGGGUUCUGGACGUUCCAGCUCAUCUGGGUGUGGACCAUAUCGAUGCCCGUCAACGUGCUCAACUCGCCCGAGUCGAGCAACCCCGCCAACGGCGGUGGCAAUGCGCGUUUUGGAAACGGCAAGGACGUGGUUGGGAUCAUCUUCUUUGCGGUCGGAUUCGUGGUAGAGGCGCUGGCGGAUGUGCAGAAGUACCGAUUCAAAUCCGUCACCAAGCCGCCCAAGGGGGCGAUUACCGAUGCGGGCGUGUGGAAGUAUUCGCGAAGGCCCAAUUACUUUGGCGAGAUCCUGCUGUGGUGGGGCGUGUGGCUGCUGGCUAUUGGUAACUCGACCGAAGCAUCGCCUCGCGGUCACGAUGCACUGUACGGUUCGAUCUUUUCGCCGCUCAUCACCAUGGCCCUGCUGCUCUUCCUCUCCGGCAUCCCGCUGGCUGAAAAGCCCACGCAGCAAAAGUACUUCCUCAUGUCCCACGGUCCGGACAAAAACACAGAGGGCCUCGAACCAUGGCGCGACCAGACCGAGACCGACGCAUGGCAACGCAUGAAGGCCUUCCGCAACCGCACCUCGAUGCUCAUCCCCCUUCCCAACAGCCUCUACGCCAAGCUGCCGCGAUGGGUCAAGUCUACGAUCCUCUUCGACUUCCCCUUCUACAACUUCGACGAGGCCAAGGAUGGGUCCAAGGCCAUCCGCGAAGCCGAGGACAAGAAGAACCGCGACCAAGCAUAG